CUCACGUCUCCUCCAUCGCCAAAUUUGUAACGUAAAUAUCACCACCACCACCACCUCUGUGAAAUCACUUCCAGCAUCUUCACCGCAUCUAUCAUCACCUUAACACCAUUGCCACUCCUAAAGCCAUCAUGACUGCUACUAACUCCACCACCACCACCAACAAUAACUACAACAGUCUUCAUCAUCUCUAUUGCCACCACUACCAACAACAGCAACUACUACUACUACUGCUACAGCAGCGGUUAUCAUCUCCGCCACUACCAGCAACAACGAUAAUAAAUAACUACCGUCUCCACCACCACCAAUAACUACAUCUGCUUUAACCAUGUUUGUCACCCCCAUCCGCAACAACAGCAAUUACAUCAGCAUUUACCAUCACCACCACCACCAACAACAACGAGUAUAGCAGUUUUUUAACCAUCCCUACCAGUAAUAACUACAUCAGCUUUUAUCACCACCACCACCACUAGCGAUGAGUAUAGCAGCCUUUACCAUCUCCACUACUACCACCAGCAACCAUAACUCUAUCCCCAUCACUAACUAUAGCAGCCUCUAUCAUCAUCAUCAUUACGAUCCCCAUCUCGAUCGCAUCCCUACGAAUAUAUAUCCCCGACCCCUACCUGUGUAAUAUUAUUACCACGAAUGUAGCUUCCACCACCACCACUAUCACCACCGCCGCCGCCUCUACUCUACCUCCUACUGUCUCACCGCCGCCAUAUUAAUCAGUCCGCCUCCAUCUUGACAAAAGAAGCCAUCAUGAAAGUUAAACAGUGAACGGAAAACAAGUAAAAAUAGACCCUUUCGUAGCUAGAUUUCCGAAAUACCUAACCAAAUAACAACAGUUUUAUAUAAAAACACAACGACGAAACAACACUUUUGAAACCUUUAAAUUUAUUCAUACACGACUCGGCCACGUUGUUUGUUUUUCCCCUCAAAAAACUAUCAAAACAUCACAACACUGCUUCUUUCACUUCUCGGCGACCAUCUUGGCUUGUUGUGAUCUGGUUUGGUUGGUGGAUUUCUGUGGCUUUUUUUAAUGGUGCAGCUUUCUCACUGGUUCCUUUCAUUGACCAACCAACUUGACGAAAACUCAUCCAUCGUCCUUCAUCAACACAGUUUUCAAGAAUGGAUGCCAGUUCAAGUGACGGCGCCGGUGAUGCUUCUGUCCUAACAGAAUCUUUUAUUCCUGGAAAUAGCCAAUAUGGCGACGAUGAUGAGGGAAUGGUAUCGUCAGGAGAAGGUGAAGGCGAUUUCCGUAUGGACGAACCUCUACGAGAACAGGACCGCUUCCUUCCAAUUGCUAAUGUUGCCAGAAUCAUGAAAAAAUCAAUUCCAAGAACCGGUAAAAUUGCUAAAGAUGCUAAAGAAUGUGUACAGGAAUGUGUUUCAGAAUUUAUAAGUUUUAUCACAAGCGAGUAUCCUUUUUUUGAAAGAAAAACAGAAACAAAAAAAAUGACGCAGCUCACAGAUAUGUGUUUUCUGGGCCAAACGGACCCAUAUCCAUAGCCACGUACAUUCACACACACACACAUGCAUGCGCACAUGUGGGUGUAUUCAUUUAUGUAUACAUAAUUCAUCGUGUGCAUAGAGAACAGAGAAAAAAAAUCAUCUAUGCAGGCACAUGGCUGUGUGGUAGGAAGGUUGCAUCCCAACCACAUGGUUCCCAGGUGUCACACAGUCCCACUGUGUGACACCUUGCGCAAAGUGUCUUCUACAAUAAACCCCCAGGCCAACCAAAGCUUUGUUAGUGGAUUUCGUAGAUGGAAACCCCUAAUAUAUCUGUGUGUGUGUGUGUAUCUGUCCGACUCCCCACCCCACCACCGUUUGACAACCAGUGUUGGGGUGUUUACAUCCCCGUAACAUAGCGGUUCAGCAAAAGAGACCAAUAGAAUAAGUACUAGGCUUACAAAAAAUGUGUGUGUCACUCUCACUUUUUUUUCCUUCACGGAGAUUAUCUGUGUUGCUCCUGAUUAAUAUCUAAAUAUAGACCUGUCACCCACACAUACUCUCUGUAUUAUUUAAUUUCUCAUUCUGAAGAUUUUCUAAGAGAAAAUU